AUGCCAACCGGCUGGUCUGAAGAUGAAGCCCAAUUCUACUCUUCUGUUGGGAAAGAAAUCGAAAAACUUCGUGUUCCCCUUCAACUCAUGGGCUGCGAUCUUUCAAAGGCAAAGCUUCCGCACACCUUGGAGCCCCUUCCUAAUAUCCCUAAAGGACAAAGAUUGCUGGGCGUAGCGGUUGGUCGAGGAACUCAGAAUUACACCUGUUCAUCAUCCAGCUCCGGAAAGCCAACCCCGAAGGGAGCCAUAGCCACCUUAUUCGAUGCUAGCUGUAUAGCAUCUACCUAUCCUCAUCUCUUAUCGUCCCUUACACGGGCAGCUGUUCAUCUCAGGCAGCCAGCGCUAUUUUCAUUGACACCUGGCAUCGCUAGAAUGAUGGUAAUGGGGCACCACUAUUUCAGUAAUGGCACUACCGCAGUUUUCGACCUUUCCAAUAAAGGCGCAUCAUCUGUGAGGAAAAUUGGAGGAGUCGACGCCCCGAAAAAUGCCAUGCCAGGACCUCAGGGUCAGGCAAACGGUGCAGUCCAAUGGCUGUUUCUUGAGUCCAUUCCGGAGAGCGACGGAGAGGCCCGAACCGUUUAUCGGGUAGAAACGGCUGGAGGCGGACUAGGUGCUCGGGGAGGUCGUGGAGGUGGCCGUGGUGGCGGUGGAAGAGGUGGUCGAGGUGGCCCGGCAAGGGGUGGUCGUGGAGCUGGCCGUGGUGGGAAGCCUGGUGCGAGGGGCGGCGCCAAAGUUAUCAUUGAACCACAUCGUCACGCGGGCGUUUUUGUUGCGAGGGGCGGUAAAGAAGACCUGUUGGUUACCAAGAAUUUGACUCCCGGAGAGGCUGUGUACGGCGAAAAACGUAUCUCCGUCGAAUCUCCAGCUACAAUCGAUGGCCAAGACACUUCGACCAAAAUCGAAUACCGUGUGUGGAAUCCUUUCCGUAGCAAGUUAGCUGCCGGUAUUCUCGGCGGUCUCGACGAAAUAUACAUCAGACCUGGCGCAAAGGUCCUUUAUCUCGGUGCUGCAAGCGGCACGUCCGUCAGUCAUGUUGCCGAUAUUGUUGGCCCAACAGGAACUGUUUUUGCGGUCGAGUUCUCUCAUCGUUCUGGACGAGAUUUGGUUGGCAUGGCGACCCACAGGACGAAUGUCAUACCAAUAGUUGAGGAUGCUCGGCACCCUCUUCGCUAUAGAAUGCUUGUCGGGAUGGUUGAUGCCAUAUUUGCUGAUGUUGCUCAACCCGAUCAAGCCCGUAUUGUUGGUCUGAAUGCCCAUUUAUUCUUAAAAGCUGGUGGUGGUGUCCUUGUUAGUAUAAAAGCAAACUGCAUUGACAGCACAGCAAAACCUGAGGUUGUGUUUGCAAGAGAAGUACAGAAGAUGAGAGAAGAAAGAAUAAAACCAAAAGAACAGCUGACACUUGAACCAUUUGAGCGUGAUCACUGUAUAGUUGUUGGUGCCUACCGACCUUCUUGA